CUAAGGAGUGCUGAGGCGGCCAUCCGCUGUUCGAUGUCUACCAUUUCAACAUGGUUGAAAACCGAGGUCCCGAGUUUCAAGUUGUGUGUUCCACAUUUGUCGCAAUGGCGUUCGUGGCAACCAUGCUCCGCAUCUACGUGCGUCUUCGGUUGGUGAACGCAUUCGGCUGGGACGAUACAUGGAUGGUAUUUGCUACCUUGUGUCACAUUUUCUUCGCCUCUUCAGCCAUUGGAGGCGUUCACUAUGGAACCGGACGUCAUAUGCGAGAUCUGACUGAAGAAGGCAUCUUUAAGGCACUGAGAUUCUGGUGGCUUUGCUACAUUUCUUAUUGCUGGACGAUGAUUGGAGCCAAAAUUUCCAUCGGUCUUUUUCUCCUGCGAGUCACUGUCAACAAGAUGCAACGGUGGAUUAUAUACACCGUUAUGGGACUCACAGUACUCACUGGCAUCGUUUUCUUUUUCGUUACGCUCUUGCAAUGUCGUCCCGUCUCCUACUUUUGGAACAAAAACCAGCCAGGCUCAUGCAUCAACAUCGACGUUAUAAUUGGCCUCACAUAUCUUUAUAGUGCAAUCAGUGCUAUUUGCGACUUCACUUUCGGUAUACUCCCCAUGUUUUUGGUUUGGAACCUUAACAUGUCGCGAAACGCUAAGAUAGCUCUCGUCCCCAUUCUGAGUAUGGCAUGCGUUGCAAGCACCGCCGUCAUAGUCCGCAUGGCAUUCGUCAUGGACUUUAAGAGCGACGACUUUCUCUACGACACAAUCGACAUCGCUAUCUGGUCCGACAUCGAACAAGGCCUUGCGAUCACAGCUGGGAGUCUUGCCACCUUACGGCCUCUCUAUCGUCUGUUGUGUGAGCGCCUCGGGCUCUCGCGCACCGGCACAAACCCCCUACGGGGUACGUCUGGGAAAGAGACACGGUACGGAAAGCGCUCUGCGUUUAGCGGUAAUGAUCGUAAGAAGGGCGCUCCUUUUAAUCUCGUAACGUUUGCAAGGCAUGAAAAUGGCCCGGAUGAGGAGUAUGGGCUUGGGAGUGUGAAGCCGAUGCCGCUGCCAGAUGGUGAUGGUGAUGAAGACCUGAGACGAGACGAUCGGAAGGGAUUUAGCUCCUGGAGGAUACAAGCUGGGGACGGGGGGAGUGAAGAAGAAUUGCACAAGAAGGUUGAUAUGAGAGGAAUUACGAGGCAGACGGAUGUCUUUCUCAAUUCCGAAUCUGCUCACUGGAAUAAAAGCUAGGAGCGCAAUAUUACAUAUUGGCGUACAGCUCUUAUAACGCCUCGCAGCGCCCAAGGUCAGACCGGGUAAAUUAC